CGCACGCCGCAUUGGCCGCUGGAUCGUAUGAAAAUCUAUCGUACGCCAACUUCGCCAUAUUGGAGCGGGCGCUAUAAUUCGUAAUAAAACUGGAGCAAAGAUGCCAGACUCGUGCGCAGCUUGGGGCUGUAAAAACCGUCGCACAACCCAAACCAGAUCGCGAGGAAUUACUUUUCACAAGUUUCCUAAAGAGAAGCAUCUGAGGAGGCAGUGGGAAAUCUCUGCAAGAAAAAACGUAAGCGUGCACUCCGUACUAUGUAGUGAACACUUCCGGCCGGAGGACUUUGACAGGACAGGUCAGACUGUAAGGAUCAGAGAUGGAGUUAGACCAUCUAUCUUUAGUUACCGGACCUGCAAAAAGCCCAGGAAAACACGAACAUCACAGAAGGCUUUGGAGGAGCUGCCGGUGGACUAUUCUAUAAAAAAACAAAAGACUGCACAAUCACAGAAGACUUUGCAGGACCUGCCAGUGGAUUAUUCUCUUAAAAUCCGAAAGAUUUCACCAGAUUCCAACACUCUAUCAAAUUCGAAGGCUGUACCUCAUAACAUUGACCACUGCUAUGCUUUGCCGUCAUCUCCCGCUAUUAUAAAGGCAAGACUCCAUGAAGCCCUGGCGAGGGUAGAGAGUCUAGAGCGAGAGAUAAGGAACAUGAGGAGCCGAGAACGGAGGGCAAAGAAUUCAGUGCACGAGCUUCUCGAGGAUCUGAAGCAGAAGAACCUCAUAAAUGGGGAGCUGAAAGACAAGCUCAAGGUCUACUCGGAAAUUCCGAUAGACCUCCUGGUAAAACAAGGCCAUGAGUACACACAAGACCAGAAGGACUUUGCCAUUAAUCUUCACCUGCACGGUCCCAAAGCAUACAACUAUCUGAGAAAAUCUCUCCAUCUCAACCUCCCACAUCCAUAUACAUUACAAAGGUGGAUGGGUACUGCAGGUGACAAGACUGCCCCAAACAUAACGUCAGAAACAUGCUGUAUAAGCCAAGAGGAAGACCUGGAUACACAGAAUGUCACGGUGGUGCAGUCGCUGGAGGAACUGCAUGAGCGUGGGAUAAGAGUACUGUGGACGGUGGAUGACCUUCCCUCUGAUAUUAGUAUGUCUACCGAAAUCGACAGUUAAAGAGGGGCCUAAGAACUUUUUUGGCUAAUUUAAAGACAGUGUUUGUGAUGACUGGUGCGUGUCACGUGUUGAAGGCGGAUUAUAGUCGAAUAUAACCAGCACCACUGGCCAGAUCAACAGGACAUACAUGAUGUUCAAACAAAAAUGGACAGCAUGCAGCCAAUGAGAUAUCAGACAAAAUGUGUGUUUUGAUGGUGUCCCGGCUGCACAGACACUAAGACGCUCGGUCACAGCAGCUCUGCGCUCAAAUACUCGCAGUUUAAACACUGUGAUGAAACGGACAUAUUCAUUGAGGUUCUACAACAUACGGACAUGUUUAAGUCCAAUGCUUUGUUAUUGCAAACAUUUAAGAUGAUCGACGGCCUCUUUAUUGUAAUGAACAGUCCACGUGUUGAAGAGUUCAAAGCUUCUCUGUGUUGUUCGAAUUGGACUCAUAGAGAUCUUGCUGGUGAAUACUUCAGUUUCUGAUGAUGAGGUAAUCAUCAAAAGUUUAUACCUUUUUUAUAUUUGCUGUUCAAUUCGUUAUUUUGACCAUGAAACAUGCCCCGCUGUUUAUUUCAGUGUGUAAAAUGUGUAUUUUGUAAAUAAACUGUAAAUCUUUUUCUUGGACGGUAACAGUGAGAAUGUUUAAUAGCUUUAUUGUCACGUGACCACAUCGUGUCGCUUGGAAUGCAGUUAUCAUCUCAUAAAUAAUAUUAAAAAUCAUCUUAGCUGAAGAAAUAGUCUAGCAUGCGAUCUUAAACAUAACCACUUUCACUAAAAUGCAUUUCAUCCUUACAAAUGUAAUCAUGAUACAUGUGCAAAGAUUCUAGUGUGGUGCUGUGUAAAAUGUCUCGCUUUUCUAUGUCCUCAACGUCACCAAAAGCAGCUGUGAUGUUCAGAACUCAUGAGUGUGUAAAUAUGACCUACCGUUUGAUGUUGGACAAUCCUAACCUUUUUAACUUUAAGGAUUUGUUGGGGAAUUUCACGGCUCUGUGCUUACCUGUGAAGAUAGGAUGUUAAAAAAUGUACCAGACAUUCCGUUAAAUCGCUUUGACAAAAUAAAUGGUUUCAUAAGCAGGUGGCAGAAACAUGCGGACCUGCAGAAUGCUUUGAAUCUGAACCGCAGAUCAUUUACGACUGGGAAAGUGUUUUUAGACAUGAACAUGGAUCUUACUUCUAAAAAAUGGCUAAUGUCUUUGCAGUCAUAGAAAAUCUUUUUAUUAAAGAAACUAUUCGACGAGUUGAGCA